GUUCGCGCUUUUCCAGGAUUUGAUUAGUCAAGAAAAAGCAAAAAAUUAUGUUCUGCGAAAAAAGUCUCUUUGAUUUUGAUUCCCUUUUUGAAAUUUAAGAUUCAAAUAUAGUUAUUCAGGUCAUCCGGGGAUGGGAAAAGGCCAAGUAAGCAGCUGGCGCAAUAAGAAGACUAAGACAUCAGCUUGCAAGGUUGGACUUCUUUGGGCGUCCCUGUAAACCCUCUGUUCUGUAUCAGUGUUCAGCGGGAUGUUUAUGUGGCAUGUUAGAAACCAAUGAGUUACCCUGCAGCAAUAAAGAAGGAGUACACCCAGUGAAAUCCUGAAGGGAAAUACGGAUGACUGUCAGGAGCAACAGACCUCAGCUUUAGAUUAACAAAAUGGGGCUCUCAUAUUUCCUCCUUGUUGCUCUUUCUGCAUCUCUGCUUUCACUUGGAAGCUUCACUCAGACUUUGCAUUCAUUGGGUGUCUCUGAUUCAGCUGCGAAACCUCUAAGUAAGGUUGGAAACAUAGACAGGCUGAAAAAUGUAGCCAGGGAAAAUAUGUUUCGUUCAGAGAGCUUGGAGGAGGGCAGCGGACUUACUGACAGGGGGACUUUACUGGUGCUCAGCAAUGAGACUGCAAUCCUAAAGGAGUCUGAGCGAGUGAGCAAUGAAAACCACCCAGGAACUAGAAUAACAUUAACCACAAGACCAGUACCAAAUGUCUACAGCUCAGGAGCUCACAACCAAGGAGCAGACAAACCUAAAGAUUCAGUGAAAGGAUAUCCACGCUCUACUGUGAUCUCAGAGGAUGUUUCUUUGGAUGUUGAUUAUGGCUUUCAGAAAGGUGAAGACCAUCCCAGUCUCCCAGUCCAAACCAGUGUAUUUACUUUAAUCACUGAUCAUAGCGAGUUGGGACCUGGGCGCCCUUGCGUGCUCGGUGUCACUCCUUGCACUAUCUUUACCAGCUUCAACGGCACCAGCCUGCUCUGGGAUGACAUGAGGCGCACGCUGACAUUUGCCUGGGAGCUGCAUGUCUUUGGAUCUGCAAGCCUUUUCAUGCUGAUAACAGUCCUGGCGGUUUUGGGAAUGGCUGGAGCGUGCACUCUUCCUCAUGCCCUUUGUGAUGCUCUUACGCUUUCUAAUAGUUUCCUCACUAUGGCAGGUGCUUUGCGUACAACUCUCCUUCUUGUCGAUCCUUACGGUACCCGUCAGAUCCUGCCUCAUGCCACACUGGCAGCACUACAUAAUAUUCCUCUGCAGCUUCUUCUGUGGGCACAGGUUGUCCUCGCUCUAGUCACACUCAGAGGGUUAAAGGUAAUGCCUUUCCCUUUAAAACUGCGGUCCCCAGGGGUGGUUGGAUUGCUUGGUAUAUCCCACUGCACCUUCUUACUUUUAGCUGAUCUGUGUUCAUCAACCUUGCCCCCAGCUUUUCCUCUUUUGCUGCAGACCAUCUCUCUUUGCUGGGGUGUUCCUUUUUGCCUGGGAAUUCUUACUAAGUCCCUUUCCCAUUCACAACCCUUCUCCAGAUCUGCUGUACCACAGUGGGUUCCCUCUCAGAGAACAGAGAGGCUUGGAAAGCGAGUAACGGCAGCGUGCGCCUUCCUUGGUGUGCUGUGUUGCAGCCUUCAGAUGUAUAGUCUUCUUUGGCUUUAUGGGCUCCUGGGGAACUGGAGGCGCUUCAGUUGGGGUUGGUGGCUUAGUCAAUUCUGGGCCAGAAUUCUUGAGCAAGCAUGGGGAUUCUCUAUCCUUUUUCUUGGAUCUUGGAUUUUCUGGACACCAUCUAAAGGGCAUGUGAGAGACAAUCAUUCACAAGGUAGAGAUAACAUUUCUAGGGCAGAAAAAAAAAGCCUGUGGAAUAGGUUCUUGACCAGCAUGCAGAGAGGCCUGAUGAGAAAAUCAGAGAAAUCCUUAGAUGACUUGAUGCCAAACAACUUCGCCAAGCAUAACAUGUUUAGAUCGGGUAUCAGCAACAAUGCAAUGCAUGAUGAUAAACAGGCUUCCUCUAAACUAGACCACAGUUCUGAUCCUGUUAGCAUCAGCAGCUCUGACUCUCAGACUGCGUUGCUGUGGCAGAAAGUUGGUGAGCGAGAAUGUGUUCUCUCACUUAUAGAAUUCGACAUGCGGCCCCCGUCUCCCAUCAACCUCAGGCUCAGCAUUGACAAUGCCCUUUAUCACGGGCAGCUUGUAGCUGGAGCUGUCUUCACGCCUCCCCCUCCCUCUUGGACACAGAGCUUGAGCACAAAUGGAGAGAGCGGACCAACCACAUUCCCUCCUGCCUAUGUCGGCUAUAAGUGGAUGUUGGAUACAGAGUCCAUAUCUGCAUCCUUAGACCAUUUCCAAGCCAAGGAGCCAGCACAGUCAGUAAAUGCUACACCAGAUUUUAAUAGCAGGAUUGGAUCUCCAGCUGAUGAACCAAUGGAAGAACAAGUUUCAGUAGGGAUGCUUCAAAAUGACUGGUCUGAUGACGACAUCACAGAUCUUUAGGCCAUUGUCUUUACAAAUGCAAAAUCAUGCUGCAUGAACUGUAAAACCAUUGCAGGAGAUGGGUUCAAAUGAGUGUAACUAUUCAACUUCUUAAGGUCUAAUUUUGACUUGAAAACUUUGCAAAGGCCCAUUUGGGUUUCAUUGUACCACCAAUAUUCUUAGAAUCUUGAUGUAUUCUCCCAAGUCUUUUCAGAGGUGGAUUUGUUUUGGAACACAUGAUCUACAAGGAGAGCAAAGUACAAAUUGACAGAUUCAGGUCUUUUGCAUUAAUGUGAAGUGAGAGGUUCAUGUUCAUGUAGUUAAACAUUGUUUAUGUUAUAUAGAACAGAGGAUUUUGCUAUCGAAGCCCACAAAUGUCAUCAACAUUUCUAUACUUUUUGCAUUAGAUUUGUUUAGUUAUUAAGGUUUGAAGGAUUCUAUGUGGUAUUUGUAAAUAAAUAAAAGUAAUUAAAUAAUGUAUGAUGUUAAAUCAA